AUGCAGAAGCAGACAGGCAAGUCUGGCGGGACCGGUGGAGGCACGCCGGCGAAGCGCGGCCGCCCGUUCGGGAGCACCACCGGCGGCGGAGCCGCGGCCGCUGCUGCUGCGGCGGCGGUCGUCGACCCGGGUGCGUCCGCCGCGCUGGUCGGACCGUCCCUCCAAGUCCUAUCAGCCCUGUCAGAUCAGAACAACAAAAGAAUUGUCCUUGCAUUGCAAAGUGGGUUGAAGUCAGAGAUACUGUGGGCGCUGAAUGCCCUUACAGUACUCUCAUUUAAGGAGAAGGACGACCAACGACGUGAUACAACACCUCUUGCUAAAGUUUCUGGGCUCCUAGAUGCUCUUCUUCAAGUUAUUGAUGAAUGGAGAGAUAUUUCAAUGCCUAAGGACCAUAUGAAACCACCCAGAGUAAGAACUUUGGGUGCCAACACAACACUCUCGGGCUUUGGCCAGGAGAACAUGGAAAAAGUCUACUCUGACACUGCCACUACCUCUAAUAAUGACCAAUCAAAGCCGGAAGACUCCAGUGUCACGAAGAAGCGCGCUGCAAGCUUUUGGUUUGAUGAGGAUGGCUUGUUUAACAAUGAUGAUGAAGGGAGGGCAGAAAGGCAGCAGUGCGCUAUUACAGCCUCCAAUAUAAUCCGCAAUUUCUCUUUUAUGCCAGAAAAUGAGAUUAUCAUGGUUCAACAUAGGCAUUGCUUGGAGACUAUAUUUCAUUGCUUAGAAGACCAGAAUAGAGAAGAUGACGAGCUCAUAACAAACAUGGUGGAGACCCUUGUCAAUUUAGCACCUGUGUUGGACCUGAGGAUCUUCAGCUCAUCAAAGCCAUCGUUCAUUAAAAUGACUGAGAAAGGUGCAGUUCAUGCCAUAAUGGGUAUGCUUUCUUCUUCCGUAAAGCCAUGGCACUGUGCCGCUGCUGAAUUGAUUGGCCGUCUGAUAAUAAAUCCAGACAACGAGCCAUUUCUUCUUCCUGUCAUUCCACAGAUAUACAAACGACUAGUUGACCUAUUGAGUGUACCAGCAUAUGAUGCACAGGCUGCUGCUGUUAGUGCACUCUACAAUGUAGCCGAAGUGAAUAUGGAUUGCAGGCUCAAGCUUGCCAGUGAGCGAUGGGCUGUCGAUAGACUCCUAAAGAUUGUGAAGACUCCGCAUCCCGUGCCUGAGGUGUGCAGGAAGACGUCGAUGAUCCUGGAGAGCCUCGUCUCUGAGCCUCAAAACAGGAUGCAUCUCCUUGUGCACGAGAACACUUUUGCUGAGAUCCUGACAUCAGAAGGGAAAUACUCGGACACAUUUGCUCGGAUCCUGUAUGAACUGACAGCAAGGCCAAGCAACAAAGUGACCUCGGGGCAAGCCAUCUGGGGAAACAUAAACUGA